AUGCUACCAACGUUAAAGCGCUUUAUGUCGUCCUCAGGUCAUCAGAUUCCCAAACAGUUCAAAUCAAUCAUUUACUCUACUCAUGAAGUGGAGGACUGCACGAAAGUCUUGUCGGUUAAGAACUAUACCCCCAAACAAGAUUUGUCCCAAUCAAUUGUGCUAAAAACUUUGGCUUUUCCUAUAAACCCCUCGGAUAUCAACCAGUUGCAGGGCGUGUAUCCAUCUCGUCCUGAAAAGACAUUCGAUUACUCUACAGAUGAGCCGGCCGCUAUCGCUGGCAACGAAGGUGUGUUUGAGGUUGUCUCUUUACCUUUGGAUAGUUCCAAGGGUGGAUUGAAGUUGGGUGACCGUGUUAUCCCACUUCAGGCAAACCAGGGAACCUGGUCGAAUUACAGAGUCUUCUCUGAUAGUUCUGAAUUGAUCAAAGUGAAUGAUUUGGAUUUGUUUUCUGCUGCUACUGUCUCWGUUAAUGGGUGCACCGGUUUCCAACUGGUUUCGGAUUUUAUUGACUSGAACAAGGGUGGUAAUGAGUGGAUAAUCCAAAAUGCAGGUACAUCCGGUGUUUCAAAGAUCGUCUCACAAGUGGCAAAGGCUAAAGGAAUAAAGACCCUCAGUGUCAUUCGUGACCGUGACAAUUUCGACGAGGUAGCCAAAGUAUUGGAGGAUAAAUAUGGUGCUACCAAAGUCAUUUCUGAAUCGCAAAACAAUGACAAGGCAUUUGCUAAAGAAGUUUUGUCCAAGGUUUUGGGAGAAAACGCAAGAGUAAAACUAGCUUUAAAUUCUGUCGGAGGCAAAUCCAGUGCUUCAAUUGCUCGUAAGCUGGAGAAAAACGCUUUGAUGCUCACUUAUGGUGGAAUGUCAAAACAGCCUGUCACUUUACCAACGUCAUUACAUAUCUUCAAAGGCUUGACUUCCAAGGGUUACUGGGUCACUGAAAAGAACAAAGAAAACCCUCAAUCUAAAAUUGACACUAUAAACGAUUUCAUCAAAUUGUACAAUGAAGGCAAAAUUAUUUCUCCAAAGGACGAAAUCCAAACCUUGACUUGGAAUAUUAAUACAAUGACUGAUGAACAAUUAUUGGAUAUAGUUAAAAAGGGUAUAACCGACAAGGGGAAGAAAAAAUUGAUUGUUUUGGAAUGGUAA